AUGAGUCAACUAAACGCGUCUCAUUCUCACGGGCACGAAAAAACCCUCAUUCACUUCUCUUCAUCAUCUCCUUCUCAACCUCACUCCACUGCUGGUCUGCAACCUCCACGGCCCACCACACAGGAACUUCGCCGCCUCCACCUCAGCCGCCACGUCUCUCGCCCGGCUCUCGUCUCUCCUCUCGCCUCUAGUCCCGGUCUCUGUCCAUUCCCUGGCUGUUUCAGCCUUUCAGUGGAAAUGAAGCUAAUUCGUGCUGCGCUAUGGUCCGCUAACGCCGCUUUGUCCCGUCAAUCGCGAAACCCUUAUGGGACGCGGUCAUUUUCUGCCAGUAUUUUCUCAGUGUUGCUCAAAGCUGAUUUCAGGAAUGUGCAAUUCCUCGCGAACUUCAUCACUGAAGCUGGCGUCAUUAUCAAGAGGAGCAAGACUGGAAUAAGUGCUAAGGCACAGAGGAAAGUCGCUCGUGAGAUCAAAACUGCCCGGGCUUUUGGUUUGAUGCCGUUCACGACUAUGGGAACCAAACAAUUCAAAUACGGGACGACUAUGGAGGACGAGGAUCGUGAUUUCGAAUAUGAGACCUACGAGUAUAACUUUGUUAAUGAGGAUAGAGGUGAUGAUGUAGAUGCCUGA